AUGCAGCUUCCUCUCGCAGUUCUGGCUGCGGCCGUCACACAGGCGGCCCUGACCACUGCCUCCUCCUUGACACCGCCAGUCCUUCCGUUAAUCGUGCGUAACCCCUACCUGAGCACAUGGCUAGGGAACGCCCGAGAGGCUCCAUGGUCCAAAUGGCCUAUGUUCUAUACCGGGGAGGAGAUUGGUCUCUCCCUGAUGGCCCACGUCCCGAGCCAGGGAGCCGUUUAUCCCCUAGUCGGUAAACCGCAGGACUCCCUGCCGUCGGACCAAGUACAGUUCCCCGAAUACCUGGGCAACAACUACGAUGCCUCCACCACAAACUUCACCUAUCGUAUCGAUACCGGCUCUUCUACUCCCCUAGACAUUACCAUCUCCUUCCUCUCGCCUAUUACGCCAACCUCGACCUUGCGACAGUCGAUCCCGGCCUCCUACGUCACGAUCGAUGUACAUGGAGAGACCGAUGUCAAUGUGUAUAUGGAUAUCGAUGCCCGCUGGGUCACUGGGGAUCACGGAACUAAAAUAAACUGGGCGUGGGAUACUAUCAAUGUCCAAGACAAGACAAGCAAGAAUCCAGCCCUCCAACGCUGGCAGAUUCGUAGAGAACAAGAGCUUCACCUGUCGGAAAUCCGCGACCGUGCCGAAUGGGGUACCCUCCAUUUCACUGGCCCGGCUAAUUCUCGAUACCAAUCCGGAGAGGCAGCCAAGGUCCGUCGAAGCUUCGCAAAGACCGGCUCCCUGACGAACGAGAACGAUGAUGAUUUCCGUUCCAUCGAUGAUCGAUCUCCUGUCUUUUCAUUUUCUCAAUCAUUCAGCUUGGGCCACUCCGCGAAGAAGAGCUCGGAAAGUGUCACAUUUACCCUUGCUCUGAUUCAAAUCCCCGUUGUGCAAUAUGCAGCUGCCCGCGGCCUGACAAUGAUGCGCCCUCUGUGGGAGUCUUGGUUCCCCACCACUGAGGAGCUGCUGACUUUCCACUACAAUGAUCAUGCCGUGGCUGCGUCCCUGGCAUCUAACUACUCGAUUCAAGUGGCCAAGGAUGCCUACCUCUCCGGUGCUGAUGACUACGUUGAUAUCGUCGCUCUCUCGGCACGCCAGGUUAUGGGCGCCACCACUUUCUCAGGAACUCCAGACGACCCCAUCCUGUUCUUGAAGGAGAUUUCCUCGAAUGGAAACUUCCAAACCAUCGAUGUCAUCUUCCCGGCGUUCCCAUUCUUCUUGUAUACCAACCCACGUUGGUUGGCGUAUCUUCUGGAGCCUCUUAUCGAGCAUAUGCUUAGUGGACAAUACCCCAACACCUAUGCCAUGCACGAUCUGGGGACCCACUUCCCCAAUGCCACCGGCCACCCUGACGGAAACGAUGAGUAUAUGCCGGUGGAAGAAUGCGGAAACAUCUUGAUCAUGGGCUUGGCAAUUGCCAAUUCGCUCCAGUACGAGGAUUCAUCUACUGCCUCCUCUUUCUGGUCUGCGCAAGGCUCGCCACCUUGGACCGCCUCAAGCGAUUCGGAUUCGCUCUUCCCUCUCAGUGAUCUUCAGACAUUCUCUGGAAUCGCGCACCAAGACGGCAAAUGGGGCGGCGGUAUCGAGGGCGAGCACCUCGCCAAGAAGUGGGUGCAGCGAAGCUACACCCUCUGGAAGCAGUGGACUGGUUAUCUUGUGGAGUUCUCCCUUGAGCCCGCUAACCAACUGUCUACCGACGAUUUUGCUGGCUGGCUUGCUCUGCAGACAAAUCUUGCCUUGAAGGGUAUCGUGGGCAUCAACGCGAUGAGCAAGCUCGCCGAGCUGACCGGACACGACUCCGACGCCAAGUACUUCAAGGGUAUUGCCGACAAGUAUGUUGCCAAGUGGGAAGAGUAUGGCAUGUCUCGAGACAAGUCACACGCCAAACUCGCCUACGACUGGUACGGUUCCUGGACAACGAUCUACAACCUCUAUGCGGACGCCCAGCUCUGCUUCCACCUGGAAGGAACGAACCUUUCCUCCAAUGAAUCCGCAGGUUUCGUCCCACGACACAUCUACCAGAAGCAGUCCAUCUGGUACCACUACGUCCGCCAGAAGUACGGACUUCCACUCGACAGCCGACACUUGUAUACCAAGACAGACUGGGAGUUCUUCUCUAUGGCGGUUGCCUCGAAGCCCGUUCGUUCGGAGAUUCUAGAAUCCGUUGCACGAUGGGUCAAUGAGACUGUCACGGACCGGCCGUUCACCGAUCUCCACAAGACCGAGGGCGAUGGAAACUUCCCCGGUCCGAAUUUCUUCGCUCGUCCUGUCAUCGGUGGUCAUUUCGCUUUCUUGGCGCUGGAACGCGCUUGUGGUGGGCAGGCCAUGCAGGGUCUGUCAUUCCUGGAUGAGAUUGACGAGCAGACGUUCAAGGAGUGGUCUGCUAGUGCUGAAGCUGCGGCUAAGGAGUCGCAGCUGUGGAGACACGGCUCUGGAGAGCUGUAA